ACAACCUUUGUUUCGUGUAUACAACAUUGUAACCACGUUCUCAAUGCCUCUCCGAGCUGUUUCACCGGCAGCAAGUGAGAACGAAUAUGAUAUCUCAGGCGCUCUGGUUGGCGCUGGCGCCGAUCUUAGCGAUGAGUUCAUUGACGACAUAGCAUCUCAUGUACCAAUGCCUGAUAGAGCCAUAGACGUUCUCAAUGACGCAGACGACGCAGAGAGCGACGAUGACGAGGCUUUUAUCGCACAUGAACAAUCCUCAGCAAAUAAGCGAGGUGUCACACUGCAAGGAAAGAAGGUGAAAGGAGGCAGUUUUCAGUCCAUGGGCUUGGAUGCAAAGCUUCUUAAGGCGAUCACACGAAAAGGCUUCUCUGUACCGACACCGAUUCAACGAAAAGCGAUUCCAAUCAUUCUGGACGGGCAGGAUGUUGUUGCCAGUGCACGAACGGGAUCCGGAAAGACUGCCGCUUUCGUGGUACCAAUGAUACAGAAACUAAAGGCACACAAGACCCAGGUAGGGGCAAGGGCACUGAUACUUAGCCCAAGUCGAGAAUUGGCUCUACAGACAAUAAAGGUCACAAAUGAGCUGGGAAAGGGUACUGAUUUGAGGUCAAUGCUGGUGGUUGGAGGCGACUCUAUGGAAGACCAGUUCAAGGCGAUGGCGAGCAAUCCGGAUAUCAUCAUCGCCACACCAGGACGAUUCCUACAUCUACAAAUUGAAAUGGGCCUCGAUCUGUCGUCCAUAAGAUACGUCGUGUUUGACGAGGCAGACCGCCUCUUUGAGAUGGGAUUUGCAGCCCAGUUGAGCGAAAUAUUACACGCACUUCCUGCCUCACGACAAACAUUACUAUUCUCCGCGACGUUACCGAAAUCACUCGUCGAAUUUGCUAGAGCAGGACUUUCAGAACCUAAACUUGUUCGCUUGGACGCAGAAACAAAAGUCUCAACUGAGCUGGAAAACGCGUUCUUCUACGUGAAAAGCGCCGAGAAAGAGGCGGCCUUGCUUCACAUCCUUAACGAUGUUAUCAAAAUGCCAACUGGCCCAACAGCAGCCGCAGAUGCCGCCGUAGACCAGCCUGGCAAUAUAAACAACACAAAGAAGCGGAAGCGAGGCGCCCUGCAGGGCGUCGAGAGAGUAGCUGACAAGGCAACCAUCAUCUUCACAGCGACGAAACAUCAUGUAGAAUACAUUACUACUCUCUUACGCACGUCCGGCUUCGCAGUCUCCUACCUGUACAGCUCACUCGAUCAAACAGCGCGAAAGAUCAACAUCAACAUGUUUCGUUCGGGGCGAACAAGUAUCCUUGUUGUGACAGACAUUGCAGCACGUGGAGUCGAUAUCCCCGUUUUGAGCAACGUGAUCAAUUAUGAUUUCGCUUCGAGCGCGAAACUAUGGGUCCACCGAGUCGGGCGCACUGCAAGAGCUGGUCGAAAGGGUUGGAGCUACAAUCUGAUUACGAUGAAGGAUUUGCCCUACAUGCUUGAUCUACAAUUGUUUCUCAGCAAACGACUCGUGCUAGGCCGUUCUACCGCUUCUGGCGGAAACUUACAGAGUGUUAGCUUUGCAGACGAUCUGGUCAUGGGCACAAUGCCAAGGACUCGCCUCGAAAGCUACUCUGAGACAGUAAAUAAAUUGCUCGACGAGGACGAGGACCUCGCAGCACAACGAACGGUCGCUGCAAAGGGCGAGAAACUAUACACGAAGACACGUAACUCAGCCUCGUCCGAAAGUGUCAAAAGAAGCAAGGAUAUUUUAGCUAGCGCUACUGGGAUUAAUGAGGUCAAUCUCUUUUUUGGCCACGCAGUCGAUAUCGAAGACGACAAGGGCAAUGAGGAUCGGGAAAAUCUCCUCAGGCGAAUACGGGGGUUUAGGCCAGAGGAAACAAUAUUCGAAGUCGGCAAACGAGGUGCAGGCAAUGAGACAGCAGACAUGGUUCGGAAGGCCAGGGAACGUAUGGAGCCUCGAAGGCGUAAGACUCAAAUAGAAAGCGAAGAGCGGAUGGAAAAAUUGCGAGGGGAUGACGCGGAGCGAACCGUCGCUACUGGGACGCCCUCAUCGCGAAGUGCGGCGAGGAGGACCUCGGAUAAUUUGUUCCCUGCUCGCCAUGCCGCUACCGAUGCUGUUGUUGAUGAUCUGCUGGGGCCAACACAAAAUUCCCGCGCUGACGGCGAGGUUUCGGAUUUGACGGAGGAAAUGUCCGGCGUUGGCGCAGGGGAUGGGAGUCAUCCAAGGGUCAGCGCAGGGGCAGGGUCAGGGGGAACAGCGACCGUCGACAUGGAGUCUGCAUCGGAGGACGAGCUCGAAGUCACGUUUUCGAAUGGAAACAGAAAAUCCGGCACUGCACCACGCUCCCGACUUUCCGGAAAAUUGAGUCGUGGUCCUGACAUUGCUGAUGGUGGCUGGGAAGAUGCGGAGCACUUCAUGAGCUACACGCCGAGGUCCACGAGCCUCGCGGAAGACCGCGCGCUUAGUGUACACAAAGGAUCUGGAAACGCCGCUGAUUUCUUGAUGGAGGCCAGGGGUGCCACAAUGGAUAUAGUCAAUGACGAAAACAGCGGCUUCAAAGAGGCGAGCCGUGCUCGCGGCGGAAGUGGUAUGCGCUGGGACAAGAAGAGUAAAAAGUACGUCAGACGCGCCAACGAUCUCGACGGCUCCCGCGAGGGCCAUGUGAAAUAUAUCAAGGGCGAAUCUGGACAGAAAAUUGCGGCUUCAUUCCGGUCUGGACGUUUCGACGAGUGGAAAAAGCGUGAGCGAAUUGACAGAUUGCCUAGAGUCGGAGAGCGUGAGAUUUCCGGUGCGGCCAAUCUUGCUCUUGCAAGAAGAUUCAAGCACAAGCAGGAGAAGGCACCAAAAGAAGCGGACAAGUGGAGAGAUGACUACCGUGUGAGGAAGAGGAGGAUAGCAGAGGCAAAGGAGAAGAGAAUUGGAAGGUUCAAGGAAGGCGUGGGGAAGAAUGAGCUGAAGGGUGUCGAGGAUAUUGCCAAGGAAAGGAGGGCGAAGGAAAGGAGAAGGGAGAAGACGGGGAGACCGAGUAAGAAAGGAAAGAAAUGACUUUAGUUGCUAGAAACCUUUGUCUUUGGUAAAUCUAGAAUGCAACUCUGGGUCCUGAAGUCGGC